GUUUGUUGCUCUUGCGGCUUCCAUCUCACCUUUCUACUUUCACCUUCGACCAGUGAUUGUGGUUGACGGCACACACCUGAAGGGAAAAAAAUAGUGGCAUUUUGUUUGUCGCCGUGAUAAAAGACGGAAACGAGGCAGUUUUUCCCUUGGCGAUCGGUGUCGGUCCGAUCGAGAAUGAUGAGUCGUGGAAGUGGUUUAUGUCACAUCUGAGAGGUGCUUGCGGCGAGCCCGAUAACUUACUUAUUGUAUCUGAUGCGCAUGUCUCCAUCGCUAAUGCUGUGAAGAGCGAGUUUCCAAAUGCUACUCACGGUAUUUGCUACUACCACUUGUUGAACAAGAUCAAGGGUUACGGGCCCGGUGUUGCUGAGCUUUUCCGCCAAGCUGCAUACGCCUACGAGCAAUCAGAUUACACGCGUGCAAUGUCAGCCAUGGCUGCUCUGAAGCCAAAGGCGUACGAGAAGUUGUUGCGCGUGGGACCGGAGAAGUGGGCACGAUCACAAUGUCCUGUGUCCCGUUACAGUUUCCUUACAUCCAAUGCCGCCGAGAGUUUUAAUGCACGUUAGCUGUGGGCCAGGCGUCUUCCAAUCUGCUCGAUGUUGGAGGCAGUCAGAUUAGUUAUCGAGCAGUGGUUCAACGACAGGCUUGCGGCCGCACAAGAGAGCGAUGAAAAUCUGACUCCGGAGGCAAAACAGAAGCUCAGUGCAGAACUUGUAAAAAGUCGUCGUUACACAGCCAAGAGGACCACCGAGAGAAAAUACAGGGUUCGUGCUAGUGGUCGCCAUUAUAUGGUUGACCUUCAAAAGCAGAGCUGUGAAUGCAACGAAUUCAACCUGGACCAGAUGCCGUGUUCUCAUGCGAUUGCAGCCAUUACUGAGGCGAACGAGUCAGUGGAGGAUUACGUGCACUCUUACUACUGGAACAGUUCACUAGUUGACACAUACUCUCGUGCUGUUAACCACUUGCCUCCCAUAGAGAAUUGGAAUAUUCCUUUCCAAAUUGCAUCUCAGCUUGUUUUACCAAAUCUCUCUCGGCGACAAGCUGGUCGUCCAAAGGAAACUCGAGUUCGAUCCGCAGGUGAAAGGCCGACUCAAAACACAUCAACAGCGGAGGCAUCAACUAGUAGCAAGAAACGAGCACCAAAAACGUGUGGUCUCUGUGGCGGGUCUGGUCACACACGUCGAUCGUGCAAGGGUACGGCCACCGAUGCGUAG